CCCCUCCUCUGGUCUGUCACGCUCGGCGGCUCCUCCGGGAGCUUCCUCGCUCCCUCCCGCAGCCCCACGCCGGGAGCAGGCGGCAGCGGCAGCGCAGGGAGCCGGGAACGCCCCGCAGCCCGGCCGCGCCGGUUGAAUAUCAGGGUGUCACGUCUACUUGGACUUUUUCUACUGAUGUCCAACACGCAAUAGAUAUUCUAAACGGUAUUCAGCAGGUCCAUCUGCAGCAUAACAACAACCCUUCUUUGAUAGAAGAUGGAGGAAACAUACAAAGAUAGGACUUCAUUAGUGAAAGGGGCAAAAGAUAUUGCCAAAGAAGUGAAGAGGCAAGCAGUGAAAAAAGUCAAUAAAGCUGUUGACAAAGCUCAGGAUGGCUACACACAGAGGUCCUACAACCGGUUCCAAGAUGAGGAAGAUGAUGAUGAUUACUACGUCCAAGGAGGAAAUUAUGGUGUAGAAGCUAAUGAUGAUGAAGGCUCAAGUGAAGCAACCGAAGGGCAUGAUGAAGAUGAUGAAAUUUAUGAAGGGGAGUAUCAGGGAAUCCCCAACAUGGGGCAGGGCAAGGAUGGCAUGGUGGCCUUAGGUCAGCCUAUGCGUGACGAAUAUAAGGAUCGUCAUGAACUGGAAACAGAGAGGAAGGCUGAUGAAGAAGAGCUAGCACAGCAGUACGAACUGAUAAUACAAGAAUGUGGCCAUGGUCGUUUCCAGUGGGCCCUCUUCUUUGUGUUGGGAAUGGCCCUAAUGGCUGAUGGGGUUGAAGUUUUUGUAGUUGGAUUUGUUUUGCCCAGUGCUGAAACAGAUAUGUGUAUACCCAAUUCUGGAUCAGGAUGGCUUGGUAGCAUAGUGUACCUUGGGAUGAUGGUGGGGGCAUUCUUCUGGGGAGGCUUGGCAGACAAGGUGGGAAGGAGACAGUCACUCCUGAUAUGCAUGUCUGUCAAUGGAUUCUUUGCCUUCCUUUCAUCAUUUGUCCAGGGCUAUGGCUUCUUCCUCUUCUGUCGCUUGUUUUCUGGAUUUGGCAUCGGUGGAGCCGUGCCGACAGUCUUCUCCUAUUUUUCGGAAGUGCUUGCUCGGGAGAAACGAGGCGAACACCUGAGUUGGCUCUGUAUGUUUUGGAUGAUUGGCGGCAUCUACGCUUCUGCAAUGGCUUGGGCAAUAAUUCCUCAUUAUGGAUGGAGUUUCAGCAUGGGCUCUGCCUACCAGUUCCACAGCUGGCGAGUAUUUGUGAUCGUCUGUGCAUUGCCCUGUGUGUCUUCUGUGGUAGCCCUCACCUUUAUGCCAGAAAGCCCGCGGUUCCUGCUGGAGGUUGGAAAACAUGAUGAAGCUUGGAUGAUACUCAAGCAAAUUCAUGACACAAACAUGCGAGCUCGUGGUCAGCCUGAGAAAGUCUUCACAGUUAACAGAAUCAAAACUCCAAAGCAGAUAGAUGAGCUCAUAGAAAUAGAGAGCGAUACAGGAACUUGGUACAGGAGGUGUUUUGUUAGAAUUCGCACAGAGCUAUAUGGUAUUUGGCUGACAUUUAUGAGAUGCUUCAACUACCCGGUGAAGGAUAACACUAUCAAACUUACAGCUGUAUGGUUCACCCUGUCUUUUGGCUACUACGGCUUAUCUGUCUGGUUUCCCGAUGUCAUUAAACAUCUGCAGUCAGACGAGUAUGCAUCCCGAGUGAAACAUUUCCGCAAUGAGGAGGUUUCCCAUUUCGUCUUCAACUUCACUCUGGAAAAUCAGAUUCACAGCAAUGGAGAAUACAUCAAUGACAGGUUUAUUAUGAUGAAGUUUAAAUCAGUAACCUUCGAAGAUUCACUUUUUAAGAACUGUGUGUUUGAAGACAUUACUUCACUGAACACAUACUUCAGGAACUGUACUUUCGUGAAUACCACCUUCUACAACACAGAUCUCGAGCAAUAUAAAUUUGUUGACAGUGAAUUGAUAAAUUGCACAUUUUUCCACAUCAGGACAGGAUGCCAGAUUUCUUUCGAUGAUGACUACAGUGCCUACUGGAUUUACUUUGUUAAUUUCCUGGGAACUUUGGCAGUGUUGCCAGGGAAUAUUGUGUCUGCUCUUCUGAUGGAUAGAAUUGGACGGUUAACAAUGCUAGGUGGUUCCAUGGUUCUCUCUGGUAUCAGCUGUUUUUUCCUGUGGUUUGGGACCAGCGAAUCUAUGAUGAUAGGUAUGCUGUGCCUCUACAACGGCCUCACCAUCUCGGCAUGGAACUCUCUAGACGUUAUUACUGUGGAGCUGUACCCUACAGACAGAAGGGCAACAGGCUUCGGCUUUUUGAAUGCACUAUGCAAAGCAGCAGCUGUACUUGGAAACUUAAUAUUCGGUUCCCUUGUUGGUAUCACCAAAGCAAUCCCUAUCCUCCUUGCUUCUACUGUUCUAGUAUGUGGAGGUCUGGUAGGACUUCGGCUUCCUGACACAAGAACCCAGGUGUUGAUGUAACUGGAAAAAGCCAUUUACUAUGUAUUUCCUUUUUCGUACAAAUGUCAACUCUCCUGACUGAUGGUGCAAAGGCUUCAGAUUCUCAAUGCUUUAUUAGAGUGUUCAGAUGUCAGACAUCAAACUCAAAAGAUGCUUUGGAGUGGCAGAGAUUUAGAAAUCUCUGUAGGAAAGUUCUAAAUUUCCCUUUUGUUUGCUUGCAUACAUUGCUAUUCGAAACCACUUAACUUCAAACUGCAAAGCUACCUCUUAAAACACUUUCAGUGACAAGUCCAGGAAGGUAAAAACCAUACUGAUAAUUAGAUAUUUAAAAUGCAAGAAGUCAUAUUAUUUAAAAAUAUUGUGAGCUUUUGUAAUAGUACAGACAUGCAAGUCAAUUACUUAGUAGUAUUGUUUCAGAGAAUGUUAGUAUUACAUAUAUCAAUGCAUGCAGCAUUAAUCAUGAAACCCUACAGACCGCAUCAGUAUUGAGAAUACUGACCUUCUGCGGCUAUGCUUAGGUGGAAAAAUCUUGUGGCAAUGCCUCUUUCUUGGGAAACCUUUUUUGCGUAGAUUCAAUAUCUAAAGUAAAGAUUACCAACUACACCCCAUAUUUGCUGAGGAGAAGGCAAUGGCUACCACAAGGAGAUGAAAAGCCCUUGUGGAUAAGUGGCAAAGAGAAUAACAAGCACUUGCACUCUUUGCUGCUGAUCCUCCAGAAAAAAAAUUGUUUUCUUCUCAUUUGUGACAUCUGGUAUAUUUUGCCAUUUUAAAACAGUGAAUUUGUCACUCUUCCAGGAGUGAAUCAAUGCAAAUAUUUAUGUUGUUGUAAGUAUGAAUAAAGGAAUAUUCAGGCCAGUGAACUAUGUGAAAAGUAAGAUGCUUUCAAAAAAGUUUCUUUGGUAUUUACAUUUCUAACACAUUUUUCUUUGUCACAGAAUAGUUAUAAAAAUUCGUGGCUGUAGAAGGCCACCUAGUAAUUUAGUCUGGUCAUAACUUCAAUACAAAGUGUAAUGUAAUUAAAACAUCUCAAAUGAUUUUUUUAAAAAAUAAUACCAAAACAAAGAAAAGCAAUAAAAACAACCUUCAUUAUUUUCACGGUUUAUACACUUCUUUAUAUAAGCUUUUUCUCAGCUGAUAUUUAGUAGUUCUAGAGAUAUCUCACCAUUUAACACUUUCAAAUGUCUCUCUGAAAGGCCGUUAAGAAAGAAGCAAUGCCAAGGCUGCAGGGAGUGGUAAUGUCUUUAUUAGACGAAGUGCAAGGAUAGAGAGUAAAUGGUAGUAAAUAUAUUCCUUCUAAGCCAUAUUCUGUGGACUGCUGUGGAUUACAGUAAAGAGUUCCUCACCAGUCCUACUGCUAUGAAAAAGGCUAUGGGAAGUCUUUAAAAUGUUAGCAUUAAAAAUUAAAUAGAAAUGUAUCCAUAUAAUUAGCAGACAGAAGGGGCAGAUCCUUUGUUGAGAGAAACUGGCAUUGCUU